AUGCAUUCUUUCAAGAUCAUUCUCAUCUCGCUUGCGUCUGUACUGGCGAUGCCAGCAACCAGCCCAAGGGACAUCGGCGCUGAUGAGCCUUUCGACUUUGGACAAGGCUUUCUUGUCCCUGCCAACGUUUCUAUUGAUGACUAUGAUACUACUCCCAUGAUCCCGCUGCCUCAUCUCAGCCUGCGCGACCUUGACAGUCUGGAAGAGCCCUUUGCUCCAGAAAUCGGUAACAUUACCGAUUUCGAUCUCGACACCCGCGCACCCAAAGAGACCAGGGUCUUCUUCGGCAAAACUCAAGUUGACUAUGGCUGCGAAGCCUCUAUCAGAAACCCCCUCGGCACAGCCAUCCACUCCAUCUGCGGAAAUGGAGAUUGCGACAAGAGCGUUGUGUAUACCCGAAAAGUCAAGCAUAUGGCUGGUGGUGGCCGCAGAAAGGAUGCCUGGCUCCGUAUCUCAGUCAGAGGCGAGUACUAUGGACGUCAUACACGAGGGUACAUGGCCUCAGCCGUUCAGCGAUCAGUCACUCCUAAGACUGCGAAACCAGCUAUGCGAUACUAUCUCCCGACAAACCCAAAUUUUCAGGCUCAGAGUUGCAAGAUGUCAAAGUUUAGCAACUACAUCAAAAUGCGCAAGAACUUUGGCGAUACGAUCUAUAUGGAGAUCGACAUUACCCUUAAGACUAGUAACACGCACUGUUUCACACCGAAUGUUCUCAAAGAGGUUGCUGGUGCAGUCGGGGGUGUUGGAGGCUCUUUUUUCGGAUCUGUCCUUACUGGUAUGCUUGGUUGUUAA